AGAGCCACCGAGAGAAGCGGCGAGAGAAGGGGGCUGGGGAUGCGGCAGAAGCUCGGCUCCACGGGCAGGAAACCAGCACCGCUGCCGCCGCCGGAACAUGGAGAGUCUCCUGCUUUGCGGAAUAAAGCGACGUGCGUCUGAUGCGGGCGAACAGAGAGUUUAAACCAGCGACGGAUUUGUUCGUUUUCCACUUUUGUUUCUUUCGCCGUUUUCGCACACAUCUGCAGUGAUGCGGGCUGCGGAGCCGAGCGGCGCCGCGGCGAUUCUGCUCUGCUUUUUGGGAUACUUCGUCUCGGGAGCUGCCGGUAAAACGUUACCGGAGGACUCGGCCACACAAGAAGUGACCCUGAAGGUCCACCUGAGCGACGCCAGCACCCACCAGCCCCUGAUCGGAGCCACCGUGCAGCUCUUCGCCAACCAAACUCCUGUAACCACGGAAACCUCGUCAGCCGACGGCAACACCUACCUGCGCUUCCCCUAUCGCCUCGGGACGCCGCUGGUCGUCACCGCAACCAAACAGGGAUAUGUGCCAAACUCUGUGCCCUGGACUCCCUCCAGAUUACCUGUGUUUUCCUCCAUCAGUCUGGACCUGCUGCCAGAGAGAGCUGCGACUCUGAUGGUGUACGAAGAUGUUGUUGAGAUUGUUUCAGGCUUACAAGGUUUAAGAAACCAGCCCAGCGUUCAUUUCCUGCGCAGAGCUCUAAGUCUUCCUUCCAACACGUCCUAUGCCAACCUGACCGCCCUGCUCACCGUGGCAAACUCCCCCUCGCUCAUCCAGCACUUCCCACACCUGCAGGUCCUCGGCGGCAACGGCACAGGCACCGAGAAGAACUUUGAGUUGACUCCUGUGGCGGCCAUCUCCGUUCACCUUUUGGCCAACGAUGGCGUGGAGCUGCAGGUAAACGAUCCAAUCAGCGUCUCCGUGCCGCUGCCGCCCGACAGUGGCCUGAAGGAGAAUGAUCACAUCCCUGCUUGGAGAUUUGACCCCCGUUUGGGCGCCUGGAUAAAGAGCAGUUGGGCUCAUGUGCAGAGGGACGGAAACCAGCUCAGCCUGACCUACAUUGCUCCUCAGCUGGGAUACUGGGUGGCCGCCAUGUCCCCUCUACACUCAGGUCCAGUGGUUGCGAAGGACAUCAGCACAUACCACACUGUGUUUUUGUUGGCGAUACUGGGAGGCAUGGCCCUCAUCCUGCUCUGCCUGCUCUGCCUGCUGUUGUACUACUGCAGACGUCGCUGUUUAAAGCCGCGAGGGUCUCACCGCAAGCUGACGCUGUCCUCUGGUCUGGACAGCAGUAAGAGGGAUCAAGCCACCUCCAUGUCGCACCUGAACCUCAUCAGCAACGAGGUGCAGCUUGAACUUGUUUCAACAGCAACUGAGCCCGACAUGACGACUCCGAUGCUGAAGCCUUCCUCGUACGAGCAUCAAGACAAUCAGCGUCAACACAACCUAAUCCGUCACAGCAAACACAGCCGCUCGUCUCUGGGCAACAACAGCCACCACGGCUCAUCUCUUGGCAACCUGACGCCUCGCAGCAGAGACUAUCGGCAGUCCGUGGAGACGUUCCAGCUCAGAGCUGCACUUUCAUCCGGGACCGACCGGGGCUACCGUCAAUCAUACACCUCCGUGUGCUCGUCCAGCAACCCCAUGUCGGACCCGCUGUCGUCGGCCCACCACGGUCAGGUGUCAGCCACGCAGCUGAGCGGCGUUGGGAUUAUCGACUGCAUCUCCCCCUGCUCCCCUCCUCACUCCCCCAGCAGAGGGGACGGAGGUGAGUGCAGGGCUCCCGACCACCUCCUGUCCCGCUCUGUGGACCACCUGGAACGACCCGUCUCCCAGUUGCUCUCCCGGCCGGGCCAGCUGCUCUGCUGUGGCUCUGUGGACUUGCUGAGCGGAGGUGAAGGCUACCCCAGAGUGCGCCCGACGCUGGUGAUCCCGGCACACUACAUGCGGCUGCCCGGAGAGCACCCUCUGUCCGGUCAGGCCCUGCUGCUGCAGACCGACCAGCAGAGCGACUUGGAGACCAUCCAGGCCGAGCUCAACGCCUCACAUUCCCAGCAGCCCCUAGGGCAAACCCCAACUGACUGCACCCCGGGUCCCACCAAGCAGGGCGACGGGGAGGCUCUCGGGUUGCCAGAGUCGCUUUCUAUUCCUGCAGCACUCGGCGAAACAGCUCUGGUGGAAAUAAACAGCGAGGACACCUUACUGGCUGAAAAGACGCUAAUGGAGUUGCGAGGAGGCAAACCGCUGCCUCACCCUCGAGCCUGGUUCGUCUCACUGGACGGACGCUCCAACGCUCACAUCCGCCACUCCUACAUCGACCUCCAGCGGGCGGGGUGCCAUAGCAACACAGGAGGCCAGCAAGGGAGGCAUGGUAACGAUGCCAGUUUGGACUCCGGCGUCGACCUGAACGAGCCCAGAGUCGGUCGGAGGGGGAGGGACGCCGAGCGGGAGGAACGGGAGGUCGACAGAUCGAAGGGCGCAACACCAGCGUCGGCCUACACCCAGCUGGUGUACGUGGAUGAUCUGGACGGGGGAGGCAGCGAGGAGGAGAAGUGCAGCCCCCAGGACAGCGAAACAGGACCAGACCUGUCAGACAAAGCAGAGGGCAACAGAGGGGACACGGAGGGCAAAAGAGCCGAGGGAGUCCUGAUACAGGAGGAUCCGCCCUCGCUCUCCUCCGCAUCCCCGAGUUCUCCUCCUCCGCUGCCGACGCCGGACGGGGUGACGUUCAGGAACGACCACGGGCUGCUGUCGGUCUCCCCCGACGACGACGCAGCGCACGAGGAUGCAGAGGAGGAGAAGAAGAGCCCCUGGCAGAGGAGGGAGGAGCGUCCCCUGCUGGCCUUCAACCUCAAAUGAUUCACAUACGACCGUUAAAAGAAAGGUUUACGUUUCAUCAAGUCUGUCUUUACAGAAAACUCGCAUGCAAUCAGCUACAUUGAACGUAUUCCAGUCCUCGUUCUGCAAAAAUUAUGAAGUUCACCAUAAACUGUGAAGUUAAUCAAGCGGGGCUCAGAUACACACUUGAACAAAUUCCAAUAUAAGAUGCAUGUAAGUCAAAACCAAACAACUAAAAUCUAGCUGUAAACUGAAUGUAGACUAGAAACUGGAACCGCAGUCGCACGAGUCUGACUCAGCAGAUGUUGACUGCAGGUAUAAAUGCAGUUUCCGUUGCACAUUUCACGCUGCUUCCUCUUCCCCUAUGCUAGCAUUUUCAAACUCCCGCUUUCCAACGGAAAAGACAACAACAAACUCUGAGCAGCAAAGGACAUGCCAAAAAUGUCACAUUUUGUAAAAGAUUCCAAGGAUCAUGGUUCUUCUGGUGAUUUAGCAAUUUUAAUGACAGUUCCCUAUUUUCCAGGGGCACCAUCACUGCAUCCUGGGCUUAGCUCAUCCUUGGUUUUAUCACCACCCUCCACGACUGUGAUUGUACUUAUAUAAUACAAACACGCCAGAUUAUUUUUCCCAUACAGCAGAUGAUAAUAAGGUGCAAUCAGACCAUUCUCCAGACCUACACAGUGCUCUGGAGGAAGGUCUGGCUAUGUGAGAUUAUUCUCUCAGCCCAGGCCAAUAGAUUGAAUAUUUACACUUCUAUUAUGUGAUUUUGCAACCCAAACCAGAUCGGUACCCAACUCGAAUUGCUUCAUCCCUCUACCAGGUUUCCUAAAAGUUAGCUUUGAAAUGUUUGUGUAAUCCUGCGAUGAUCAACAAAGGAUUUCAAACAGCAGUGGGGAGAGUUGAAGUUGGGACACGUUGGACUUUAAAAGAUGUGAACCAAAGAUACUGCAUGAGACAUAUUGUUGCAGUUUGAGUCAGAAAUCAUACUUCUUCUCAAAGUCAUAACAUAUUAACACAAACGCGAUGCAUCGUUUUUUGAAUUAGUGUAGUUUGACCUCAUAAUUCUGCCAAAACAGUCUGGUUUGUUUGUGUUUCCUUCAGUAUAUGGCAGUUCUAAGCCCAGGAUACAGUGAUGGUGUCCCUGCACAAUAGUUUCUGGUGAAGCUUCAGCAAAAUCCUCUGACUGCAGCUUCUUAAAUGUUCUAGUUUCUUUCCUCCUCUGGGGCAGUAAACUGAAUAUAUUUGGUCAAAACAAGACAAUUAACAUUGUUUUGUGACAUUUUAGAGACCUAACAACAACUCUGACAGUCUUGAAAACUGUCAACCAUUGAAGUAAUUAUUUGCAGCUGUAAUCUGUAUCUAUACACCGUUGUAGUAGCACGCAGUGUAAGAUAUUGGUUACUAAAGUAAGAAUAAACAGUUUGAAAAAGGUUAGAGCUAUUCCACUAUGUGUUACUGUAGCUCUAAUAGGGAGGGGUUUGUACUAAUAUGGCUUUAAAGAACGAGGACUGCAGAUUUUAUUUCUCAUUUCAUAUGAUAAAAUCACUUUAUGAGGGGAUUUUUUUGCAGGGAAACUUGUUAGGAGUCAUAUUAGCACGUGAGUUUUGUUUUGAGACGGACUUUUAAAACUGUAAACCUCUCCGUUAACCACGGCUCGUGAAGGAUGUGCCCGUUUAAAUCGAAGCCCUUUGUUCUUAACUUAGCACUGAGAAAGUAUUUCAGCACUGGGAACUCUUCUAGUCCAGAAAUGAACAAUUCAGCUCCUUCAUGAACUUCCAGGACGCUUCAUGAAAUGACCACUUCGUCAUCUUCACGAUAAACUCAUCGGGCAUGACGUACGCAUCGCCUGAAGGGACACGGAUAGACUCUGGAGGCAAGAAAUUAGGAUAUUUUAUGCACAAUAAAUAUAUGCCUUUUUUUAUGAAUAGCAUUGUAGACACAGUUGUUGGGUGGUUCUCAGAAAUCAAACACUACAGGAAGUUGUUUUUUUUUUUUCUUGAGCCAUAUUGGCCUCAGUCCACUGGCAGAAUCCAGAAACGAGAUUAUGACCCACAGUUUUAAAGACAGUGAAUCAUCUGUGCAGGUGGAAAUUAAACGUGUGUUCCAGGGUUUAGUUUGAGCAGCGCAGCAGUUUCACUCCUGAUCUACAAACAUGUAACUCUGAAUGGUGUUGUUAGUACGUUGCUAGAGUUUAAUCUAGCCUGUCAGACGGCUCCGUGAACAGGAAAUUAAACCACUACCCGCUCUGAUAAUGUGACACGCCGCUCUGCUGGUGCGUGAGGACGUAAUACCACUACGAAACUGUGGUUCCACCCAAAAACAAGUGAGGUGUAGUAAUAAUAUGAAGGGUUUUGUAAUUGUUGAACCACUGACCGGCAUAUUUUUGCUCUGAAGGCUAUGCAUCACUUUUAUACGGCUGCUUGAGAUGCCUUUUUUUGUAAUUUUGAUUUUAAUUGCCAACAUGAAGUAUUUUACCUGAAAAUAGGCUAUUUUUUCUUUUCUUUAAGGGCUUUUCUUCCUCACCCGCCUUAUCGUUAGAACACCACAUAACCUAACUGUUUUUGUUUGCUGUGUUUCACCUUAAUUUUUUUAUUCCCCCUCCCGUGAUCCAAGUGCCUUUGAACAACCGGACUCUACAGAUUAUUUAUUUCUCACCUUCUUUUGCCUUCAGCUUGUCCUCCUCUACCUCAGCCCUCCCUUUCUCUCUUUCCUGCUUGUGAAAGGAAGCAUACAGUAAACUUUCCUCAGCACUAUUACACUACGCUGCAGACCUCUCAGAAAAUGUCCACCAGCUGCUGCUGCUGCUGCUGCUGCUGCAAUCGUAAAAUCCUCCACAGCAAUCAGCAAAAACACAGAUUUCUAUUAGAAGCAAGCAGUUACUGUCUUGCAGAAGUUUCCAGUGAAGCUAAGUGCGAUUGUAUGUGAAGCUUAACUGCAGGUCAUUUCAGUGCAUUUUCAUGUUUUUUUGUGUUGUUGGUUUUUUUUUUCUAAGGGUGAAUGUUCUGCAGCGUCCUUCUGCGAUGCUGCUGGGUUUGUGUUACAUCCAAUCAAGGUUCAUAUAGUCAUAGCAAUCAUAUUCCAGAGUGUGUAUAGUUCUUUCCUUACGUCUGCCUGAGGGAAACGAUGCGUGAGUCGGUGUUGUGAAUGGCCUUUUUCUCUCUCUUAGUAUCCCACAGCAACCUCCAGAUCGAGGGUGGAGUAGCAAUACGGCCUCCUGAGUGUGUAAAUCGGUUGCUUGCAUUAUAUUUGAAGCCUAUUAUUCUGAAUAAACAGCCAAACUGGA